GCUGUGUACCUGUCCGCCACCGCCACUGGAACAGGAAGAUCUUUGGUGGGAACGGCACCUGCACCCGCCGUCGCUACGCCUGUGUUCGGGACCUUUCCUUCCUGGAUCAAGACCCGGACGACUGGGAGAUUGGUGGGAAGGUGAGCUGGACGCCGCCAGAAGAUCCUGGAGUUUUGGAAGGCUAUGUGCUCUACCUGGCCGUUGGGGCCAACUCCUUGGACAUCUCAGCCGAUUUCCCUUUGGAAACUACACCCACGUGCUGGUCUACACAAGGUCGGACUUCGGGGAAUCCUCCAUCCCAGAAGCAGUGCCUAUCGUUGAUGUGUUCUCUCGCGUCAUCGACCUGGACUUCGUGGACAAGGACCUCGACGCAGAGCAGCUUGGUGGAUUCGUUCGCUGGAUUGCACCGGCGGAUGUGCCACAGGUUCGAGCCUCAGGCCGAUGCAAGAACAACACGACCCAGCUGGAUGUUGUUGUGCUAUUAGCCACUCAGAAGCUAAGCCUUGUGUCUCAAGCUCCGAAGGUUCUCACACGAUGGCUAGAGUCUCAACAGUUGAUGAGAACACACACACUCCUCAAAAGCAAACCAGGAUAA